GAAAAAAAAAUCUCGCGAUAAGUGAGUGUUCUUAGUUAUUCUGCCCACAGAUCCCUCGAGGGAAUCGAUCGAUAUUUACUGGGAUUCGACCUUAUCCUGAUCGAUUCUUGUUGAGAACCCAUCGCAUCGAUCAAUUCCGCUAUGAUCGGUUUCUCCAUCCUUUCCGUGGAUUGCGAUCGAUUAGGGUUGGAUUCCGAGGAGUGAUUCAUCCGGAGUCGGAAAUGGAGCAGGAGAGCAAGAAGAGAGAGGGGAAGGAGGUAGAGUUACCCUCUUCGAACCCCCCUAUCCUCUGCGCCAACAACUGUGGCUUCUUCGGAAGCUCAGCCACCAGUAACCUCUGCUCCAAGUGCUACCGCGACGCGUUUCUGAGUGAGUCAAAGGCCUCCGUUGAAACUAUCACUGAGCCGGCGACGGCGGAGGCGGAGGCUGAUGAUGGGGUGGAGACUCUUGAGAUGCUGGGAAAGAAGCCGGCCAAUCGUUGCGGUUCGUGCAACAAAAGGGUGGGGCUGAUGGGGUUUAAGUGCCGCUGCGGGAAUGUAUUUUGCUCUCUCCAUCUAUACUCUGAGAAGCACAAUUGCGUCUUUGAUUACAAGGGAGCUGGGCAGGACGCGAUUGCCAAGGCGAAUCCUGUGGUGAAGCCGGAUAAAGUUGAUAAGAUUUGAGCGCAUGGUAUGUUGUUCUUAAUUGAAUUUUUCAUCAAAAAAGAUGAAAAAAAAAACAAGAAAACAGAGAAGAAAUGCGCUUUAGUGUUAUGAUUUGAUUGUAUUGGUUUAUGGGUUUGUUCGGUGUGUUUAUGUUCAAGGAGAUGUGUUGGGAUCUUUUGAUUGAAUAUCUGAAGGUAGCUUUUAGUUCUGAAUCUUAGUAAAACCCUAUAUAGGGCAAAAUUAUCAAAUGAUUAUCCUGCUUUUGAGUAGAUUAUGUUUUCUCCCUACCUUCUUCCUUCUUUUAUUAUAAAUUUAGCGCGUCUGUGUACUGUACUUGUAUGUUUAGCUGGAUUGUGUAUUGUUAUAAUUAUUGCAGUAUGGAUAAUGGAUAAUCUUCAUUAGUA